AUGGACCGCAAGGCGUUCGAUAUCCAGCCUAUUGGCCGCUUUUACGAAGCCAGUGCUGCCAUCCGACGUCCGAAGGAAAUUGCAUGUUUCUCGUAUGAUGAUGAGCAUAAGUUCCAUCUUGGGGAGUCAUCCAUGAAAUUCUACUAUCCGCCGCCUCUUCCUGCGGAUCUGAACCGCGGAUUUGAGUCAUUUCAGAAGCUGGAUGAUUCAGCUGAUGAACAUCUCGACGCUUUGCUCGAGACAAUAAUGGCUCUAGAAAAGGAAACAGAGAAGCCAUGCGAAGCUGAUAUCGUCACCUGGAGAGGUAUGAUGACCAAGAUCCUUGCAGCUCCGUUUGAUCACUUAAACGGAUUUGAAAUGAACGCGACCUGUUUCCAGGUAUGUGGAUGGCCCUUCAUCGAAGAGAAUAACAGCUAUAAGAAUGAGCAAAAACAUAUUCAAAAGAACCAGCGAAUGCCUCCGGGGAUGGCUUCCCAGGAUCUGAUGGCUUACUGGGUAGGUUAUAAAUUCGAGGCCUUGUCUGUACUUAACCAGCCGUGGGAUUCGACUCCUCGCAAAGAGAUUGAGGGUCGUGAAGAGCUUAUCGUGAACAACAAUGCCCAAUAUUGUUCAGUGGUCCGCACCGCAAUAGGCCGUACACGGCUAGUCAUCGGUGGGGAGGUAGAUGCCGUUUGGGACUGCAAACCGGAUCGAAAGGAAGACCCUAUUCAUUGGGUGGAACUCAAGACCUCAGCCGAGAUAAGGAAUGAUCGGGACAUGGUUAAAUACGAAAGAAAGCUUCUCAAGUUCUGGGCUCAGUCGUUCUUGCUCGGAGUGCCCAAAAUCAUCGUCGGCUUUCGUGACCAGCAAGGCAUUGUCCAUCGUCUAGAGGAGCUCGAGACCGCCUCAAUACCAGUAAAAGUCAAAAAGAUUGGCCGAGGAACUUGGGACGGAAAUAUCUGCAUCAAUUUUGCUGCUGCAUUCCUCGAGUGGCUCAAAACCACCAUCCACGAAGAAGGCACCUGGAGAAUACGCAAACGCGAGAAGUCGUCGCUUAUUGAAGUCUUCAAAAUGGAAGAGAGCGGGACUGGCGAUAUCAUCUCCCCGGCCUUUUCGGUCUGGAGAUCGAAAACAUGAGCCAUGAAAUCGCUAGACCAUUGAUUCUUCCCUAUCUCAAAUGGUCCAGUCUAUAUGAACUUCUUUCCGAAGGAAGAGAAGCUUAAUAAUAACCAAGCAGCUGCGCAGACGA